GACGUCACUAUUAAGCGCGCUCCGUUCGGUUCCUGCAGAAUUGGCGGUUUCUGGGCCCCUUUUCCCGUUCCUCACGGGAUAUUGAAGUGAGACCGAUAGGCGCUCACUGGGGUCGCUAUGGGCUUCCUGAAACUCAUCGAGAUCGAGAACUUCAAGUCGUACAAGGGACGUCAGAUCAUUGGCCCCUUCCGCAGGUUUACGGCAAUCAUCGGGCCCAAUGGAUCCGGAAAGUCGAAUCUCAUGGACGCCAUCAGCUUUGUGCUGGGCGAGAAAACAAGUAACCUUAGAGUGAAGACUUUAAGAGAUCUUAUCCAUGGAGCCCCGGUGGGGAAACCGGCCGCCAACCGCGCCUUUGUCAGCAUGGUGUACUCCGAGGACAGCGGCGAGGAGAAGAUCUUCUCCAGGGUUAUUGUCGGUGGGUCAUCUGAAUAUAAAAUCAACAACAAGGUGGUUCAGCUGGCAGAAUACAGCGAGCAGCUAGAGAAGCUGGGAAUCCUCAUUAAAGCGAGGAACUUUCUGGUGUUUCAGGGAGCUGUGGAGUCCAUCGCCAUGAAGAACCCCAAGGAGCGUACGGCUCUGUUCGAGGAGAUCAGCCGAUCAGGGGAGCUGGCACAGGAGUACGACAAACGCAAAAAGGAGAUGGUGAAGGCGGAGGAGGACACGCAGUUCAACUAUCACCGCAAGAAAAACAUUGCAGCGGAGAGGAAGGAAGCUAAGCAGGAGAAGGAAGAGGCGGAGCGGUACCAGCGUCUGAAGGAUGAGGUGGCUCGGGCGCAAGUUCAGCUUCAGCUCUUCAAGCUCUACCACAACGAGUCUGAAAUUGGGAAGCUGAGUAAGGAGCUGGGCUCCAAAAACAAAGAAAUUGACAAGGACAAGAAGCACAUGGACAAAGUGGAGGAGGAACUGAAGGAAAAGAAGAAGGAGCUGGGGAAGAUUAUGAGAGAGCAACAGGCUAUAGAGAAGGAGAUCAAGGAGAAGGAUGCCGAGUUAAAUCAGAAACGUCCUCAGUACAUCAAGGCCAAAGAGAACACCUCACACAAGAUUAAAAAACUAGAGGCUGCCAAGAAAUCCCUUCAGAAUGCUCAAAAGCAGUACAAGAAGCGCAAAGGGGACAUGGACGAACUGGAGAAGGAGAUGUUGUCGGUGGAGAAGGCCCGACAGGAGUUUGAGGAGAGGAUGGAGGAAGAGAGCCAAAGUCAGGGCCGUGAUCUCACUCUGGAAGAGAACCAGGUCAAAAAAUACCACCGUCUCAAGGAAGAGGCCAGUAAGAGAGCUGCCACGCUGGCCCAGGAGCUGGAAAAAUUCAACAGAGACCAGAAAGCCGACCAAGAUCGCCUUGACCUGGAGGAGAGGAAAAAAGUGGAGACGGAGGCGAAAAUCAAACAGAAACUGCGUGAAAUAGAGGAGAACCAGAAGAGAAUUGAAAAGCUGGAAGAGUACAUUGCUACCAGCAAGCAAUCCCUGGAGGAGCAGAAGAACCUGGAGGAGACUCUGACUGAGGAGGUGGAGAUGGCCAAGCGUCGAAUUGAUGAAAUCAACAGCGAGCUGAAUCAGGUGAUGGAGCAGCUUGGAGAUGCUAGGAUUGACCGUCAAGAAAACAGUCGACAGCAGCGUAAGGCUGAAAUCAUGGAGAGCAUCAAGAGGCUGUAUCCUGGAUCAGUGUAUGGCCGCUUGAUUGACCUCUGUCAGCCAACCCAGAAGAAAUACCAGAUUGCCGUCACCAAGGUGCUUGGAAAGAACAUGGAUGCCAUCAUUGUGGACUCUGAGAAAACAGGAAGAGAUUGUAUCCAGUACAUCAAGGAGCAGCGAGGAGAACCGGAAACCUUCCUUCCACUUGAUUACCUGGAGGUGAAACCUACAGACGAAAAACUGCGCGAGCUGAAAGGGGCAAAACUUGUCAUUGAUGUGAUCCGCUACGAGCCUCCACAUAUUAAAAAAGCUCUGCAGUAUGCAUGUGGUAAUGCGUUGGUAUGCGAUAAUGUGGAAGAUGCUCGCAGAAUAGCCUUCGGUGGUCACCAGAGACACAAGACGGUUGCUCUGGAUGGCACCUUAUUCCAGAAGUCCGGUGUGAUAUCCGGAGGUGCCAGUGAUUUGAAAGCCAAGGCCAGGAGAUGGGAUGAGAAGGCUGUGGAUAAACUCAAGGAAAAGAAAGAACGUUUAACGGAGGAGUUGAAGGAACAAAUGAAAGCCAAGCGUAAGGAGGCUGAGUUGAGGCAGGUCCAGUCCCAGGCUCACGGUCUUCAGAUGAGACUUAAAUACUCCCAGAGUGACCUGGAGCAGACCAAAACACGUCACUUGGCCAUGAAUCUACAGGAGAAGUCGAAGCUGGAGAGCGAGCUGGCCAAUUUCAGCCCGCGGAUCAAUGACAUCAAGCGAAUAAUCCAGAGCCGUGAGAGGGAAAUGAAAGAUCUCAAGGAAAAGAUGAACCAGGUGGAGGACGAGGUGUUUGAGGAGUUUUGCCGGGAGAUUGGUGUCAGGAACAUCAGAGAGUUCGAGGAAGAGAAGGUGAAGCGGCAGAAUGAGAUCGCCAAAAAGAGGCUGGAGUUUGAAAACCAAAAGACGCGUCUGGGGAUCCAGCUAGACUACGAGAAGAACCAGCUCAAAGAGGACCAAGGAAAAGUCCAGACUUGGGAGCAAUCUGUAAAAAAAGAUGACAAUGAAAUAGAGAAGUUGAAAAAGGAGGAGCAGAGACAUAUGAAGAUUAUUGAUGAAACCAUGGCCCAGCUGCAGGAUCUGAAGAACCAGCACCUUGCCAAAAAAUCCGAGGUGAAUGACAAGAACCAUCAGAUGGAAGAGAUCCGAAAGAAGCUGGGCGGUGCGAACAAGGAGAUGACACAUUUACAAAAAGAAGUCACGGCCAUUGAGACUAAGCUGGAGCAGAAACGCAGCGACCGGCACAACUUACUGCAGGCCUGCAAAAUGCAAGAUAUUAAGCUUCCUCUGUCUAAAGGCACAAUGGAGGACAUCAGCCAAGGAGAGGGUGGGUCCCAGGGAGAUGAAUCGGUGGGCAGCUCCCAGCGAUCCUCAACGGUCUAUGCACGAGAAGCUUUGAUAGAAAUUGACUACAGUGAGUUGUCUGAAGACUUCAAGGAUGCUGUGGCCGACGACGAUAUCAAGCAGGAGAUGAGUGCGUUGCACCAGAAGCUGAACGAGCAGCAGAGCAUUCUGCAGCGGAUCUCUGCUCCCAACAUGAAGGCCAUGGAGAAACUGGAGAGUGUCAGGGACAAGUUCCAGGAGACCUCAGAUGAAUUUGAGGCUGCUCGUAAACGUGCCAAGAAGGCCAAACAGGCUUUUGAGCAGACCAAAAAAGAGAGAUUUGACCGGUUUAAUGCCUGCUUUGAGUCUGUGGCGACCAACAUUGAUGAGAUCUACAAAGCGCUCUCCAGAAACAGCAGUGCGCAGGCUUUUCUCGGACCAGAGAACCCAGAGGAACCAUACCUGGAUGGGAUCAACUACAACUGUGUGGCCCCAGGGAAGCGAUUCCGGCCCAUGGACAACUUAUCUGGAGGAGAGAAAACCGUGGCGGCCCUUGCCUUGCUCUUUGCUAUCCAUAGCUACAAACCAUCACCGUUCUUCGUGCUGGAUGAAAUUGACGCUGCUCUGGACAACACCAACAUAGGAAAGGUGGCUAACUACAUUAAAGAGCAGUCGAUGACCAACUUCCAAGCCAUUGUUAUCUCCUUGAAAGAGGAGUUUUACACAAAGGCAGAAAGCUUGAUUGGAGUCUACCCUGAGCAAGGGGACUGUGUGAUCAGCAAAGUCCUGACGUUUGACCUUACCAAGUAUCCCGAUGCCAACCCUAACCCCGGUGAUCAGUAACCUGCACACGGACCCUUUUAUCUUCACUUUUGGAUCAUUUGUGUUUGACCUUUUUUGUUACGGUGAUAUAACUGCCCUACCUGCUGUCUGAAAUGCAUCUUCAUGAUGGGAAUCGGUUUAAUGUGACCUUGAGUCACGCGACCCUUUCCCAUGGAAGCCAUUCGCACGAUCGGGGCAUAUAAACACAGAUGCGCGUUACUGUCGCCUUUUUAAAACCUAAAUCCUAUCCGACUUGUUCAAACUUCUAAUUUUGGAAUUUUAAUCCUAAUUAUGUUGUAAUUAUCAGAAUGUUUUUUAUCAAACGUGAUAUUAUUGUGCUGGAGGCCAUCCCUUCGCCUUCUAUUUUUGUUUUUCUUUUAUUAGGAGGUGGGUAAUUUUAAAGCUUUUAUCAUGUAUGUCGCUGUGGCAGCUUUUAAUGGUUUUAGCAUCUUCUGUUUAUUGUAGCUGCUUAGAUUUAAGUAUUAUUUUGCAAUAAAGAACCUAUAAAUAUCA